AUGGUACAGUGUAGCAACAACCUCCUCGGGAUCCUCAACUUCUUCACCUUCCUCCUCUCAGUCCCCAUCCUCUCCGCCGGGAUCUGGCUCGGCAAAAAUGCAGCCACCGAGUGCGAGCGUUUCCUCGACAAGCCAAUCGUCGUCCUCGGCAUCUUCCUCAUGUUCGUCUCCAUCGCCGGUCUCGUCGGCGCUUGCUGCCGCGUCUCCUGCCUCCUCUGGCUCUACCUCUGCGCCAUGUUCCUCCUCAUUCUCCUCGGCUUCUGCUUCACCAUCUUCGCAUUCGCCGUCACUAACCGCGGCGCCGGCGAGGUUUUGUCGGAUAGAGGGUAUAAGGAGUACCACGUCGGCGAUUACUCGAAUUGGCUGCAGAAGCGAGUCAACAGCGAUAAGAAUUGGAACCGGAUCAAGAGCUGUUUGAUUUACUCCAACGUGUGCUCCACUUUCAGCAGCCGCUACGCCAGCGUCUCCGUUAACGAGUUUUACCACUCUAAUCUCAAUGCUCUUCAGUCUGGUUGCUGUAAGCCGUCGAACGAAUGUAACUUCACCUACGUGAGCGCGACUAACUGGACCAAGACAGCUGGUCCAUACAAGAACGAGGACUGUAACGUGUGGGACAACAAACCGGGGACUCUAUGCUACGACUGCCAAGCCUGCAAAGCCGGUCUGCUAGACAACCUCAGGAACUCGUGGAAAAAAGUGGCUCAGGUGAACAUUGUCUUCCUCGUAUUCCUCAUUGUCGUCUACUCCGUUGGUUGUUGCGCCUUCAGGAACAACAGAAAACGCAGCUAUUAUUAG